GCAGAUUGAUGACACAACAUUCUGGCGUGGGCACGUUUCAGCCUACUCAGUCUGAGGAGUGGCUCAGAGUUCGGAUGUUAAACCGUAAUAAAUCUAGAAAUAUUAUUUUACUUCUUAGAUUUGUUUCAAUUGAUUACCGAGGGUUUCCACGAAUCGUUUUCAUUUAAAUUUUAUAACAAACCUAAAUAUGUAUUUCAAAUGUGUAUUAUUUUAACAGCUAAUAUUUAUAUUUAAUUUCUCUUAAAACGCCUCACAUACGUCAGCACAUCGAGGCGCACACUGAUGACGUACCAUGUCAACCGUGUUUAGUCGGCGACGUGGUUGGCAGACGUGCUUCUUCAUUCGGUUGAAAGUGUGAACUGCAAAUUGAAUAUAUAAUGUCUUUGGUCGACGAAGAGUCCUGCGACAUAGACCGCAGUGGUCCGACUAAACUGGAUAGCUCCCUCUUCAACUGCGAGUUGUCGUCCAAGGCUCCAUUCUACACUUUCCAAGAAGAUGAAGAAGGAGACCUCGAGCACUUUUUGGAACUCAGAACAGUUUGUCUGGGCGAUGAUGCUAAGGAGGAAAGCAACGUGGUUGAAGUCACUGCCAUGAACCACCAGAGAAAGACCAUUUCAGUCCCCAUAGCCAACCUUCACAUCAACUGCCUACCGAUGGUCAGUUUGGGAGAAUUUGAACUGAAGGCCCCUGUGACAAUCAGACUGAGAGCCGGAUCAGGACCUGUGGUCAUCAGCGGCUUGCACCUUGUUGUAUCACAAGUAGCAGAUCUGUCAGAUGAGGAGGAGGAGGAGGAGGAUGAUGAUGAAGAGGAUGAUGAUGAUGAAGACAUUUCCCCCAUUAAACCAGCAAAGAAGAAGCAGACGGUGUAGAGGUGGCGCAUGUGUUGACCUCUGUCACUUGUAUGUUUUAUGCUGUUUUUGUAAUAAUGGCGGUGCACAUUUUACAACCUCCUGUCUGUGUUCGGUGUCGAUUCAGCUGUGAAUGUGAUGGACCCGUGAGUGAGCCAGCGCUUCUGGCUCUGUGUGUGUCAGAACUUAUGAGGUUCACCGAAAGAUGUUUCUCUGAUUUUCAAACUGUGUUGUAGAGACAAAACAACCUUUUCUAUGUGAGUGACCAGUUUUCUACUCAUUCUAAUAAAGUCUUCAUA